AUCACACUUUACAAAAGCAUGCGCGCAGAAGGUUCGAACAAGUCUUCGACCGAUGUGGCCGAGUACCGAGAGAUGACGGACGGGCCGCAGUUUGCCCGCACCGACCCCACGCGCCUCAUUGACCGCAACGGACCGUUCCGGCAGUCGCGUGGCACGUGGAACAUUCGCCGCAUCCGCACGCCCGAGGCGUGGAAGCUCUACUUCCAGGCGCCGUUCCAUACGCUGGUCAACCAGAGCUUCAGCAAGGUGCUGCUGUGGUUCUCGCUCGUCUACCUCGCCCUCAUCGGCUUUUACUCGCUCAUGUACAUGACCGUCCCGAGCCGAUGCAACCUCGCGAUCAACACGUUUGGCGAGGCGUGGAUCUUUUCGGUGAGCGUCAUUGCCACGAUUGGUUUCGGCACGGGCGGCAACGACAUCUUCUUCAACAACUGCGGCAGCGCGAUCGUCGCCAUCACGACCGAGUCGAUGGCCGGUGUGCUCAUCAACGCAGUGGUCUUUGGCGUCGUGUACCAGCGGUUUGCGCGUGGCCAGGCGCGUGCGAGCACGGUCGCUGUCUCCAACUACGCGUGCCUCCAGAAGCUCCGCGGCCACCUCUACUUUAUGUUUCAGACGUGCGAGAUGCGCAAGCACCAGCUCAACGAAGCCCACGUGCGCUGCUACGCCAUCAUGCACAAGUCGCGCCACCCACACAUGGCGCACCAGAUCCACCACGUGCAGUCGUUCCCGAUGCGUCUCCAGCACCCGGACGACGACCUCAACGCGUGGCUCAUCCUCGCGCUGCCGUCGAUCGUCGUCCACCGCCUCGAUGCGUGGAGCCCGCUCUUGCCGCCGGAGAUGCAGUCCAACACGCCCGAGCACAACCCGGCGAUUCACUACCGCUUCCCCGAGCCUGUCCAGCGCGCGGCCGACGAAGAUGUUGGCAACCGUGAGAACCGUCAUCGCCCCAACAAGGGCCAGUUGUUCAACGAAGCCACCGAGGUCGCGCAAGGAUCGCUCACCAAGAUGGAGAUUGACGCGAUUCUCGCCUACUGGAAGGAGACGCAUAUGGAGAUCAUCGUGCUCAUUGAGGGCAUUGACGCGUCAUCGUCGGCGACGAUCCAAAUGCGUCAGUCGUUCAAGGCGUCCGAGGUCAUGUUCAACCACCAGUUUGUCAACUGCGUCGACUUUGACGAGGCGUCCGGCGCCGCGGUCAUCGACUUUAACCGGUUCCACCGCACCGUGCCCAUGGACUCGGCGACGGUUGACGUCCUGCCGUCGCCAUCGUCCAAGAACGAUUAGCCCAAUGCGAUGUCCGUCGUCCUCGUCACGUUAGGACCUCGCGUGCUUGCUAAUCAGGACUCAAUUGUAUACUCUUCUCAACUUG